AUGGCUGUGGUCCUCGGCAUCGAGGGCUCGGCCAACAAGAUUGGCGUGGGCAUCGUACGGGAGGAUGGCACCAUCCUGAGCAACCCGCGACACACGUGGGUCUGGUACAUCUCCCCCCCCGGCCACGGCUUCCUGCCCCGGGAAACAGCCCUGCACCACCAGGAGUGGGCCCUGCCCCUGGUCCAGCGCGCCCUCAAGGAGGCGGGUGUCACGCCCCGCGACAUCACCGCCAUCGCCUUCACCAAGGGCCCCGGCAUGGGUGGCCCCCUGGUGUCCUGCGCCGUGGUCGCCCGCAUGCUGGCCCAGCUCUGGCGGGUCCCCCUGCUGCCCGUCAACCACUGCGUGGGCCACAUCGAAAUGGGCCGCCUGGUCACGGGCGCCCGCGACCCCGUGGUCCUCUACGUCUCCGGGGGGAACACCCAGGUGAUCGCGUAUGCGGACCAGCGGUACCGCAUCUUUGGCGAGACGGUGGACAUGGCGGUGGGGAACUGCCUGGACCGCUUCGCCCGUGUGCUGGGCCUGUCCAACGACCCCGCGCCCGGGUACAACAUCGAGCAGCUGGCCAAGCAGGGCCGGCGCCUGGUGGAGCUGCCCUACGUGGUAAAGGGCAUGGACGUGUCCUUCAGCGGCAUCCUGUCCUUCGUGGAAACUGCGGCGCGCACGCUGCUAGACAAGGGCGAGGCCACGCCCGCCGACCUGUGCUUCUCCCUCCAGGAAACCAUCUUCGCGAUGCUGGUGGAAAUCACGGAGCGGGCCAUGGCCCACUGCGCCACCGCCGACGCGCUGGUGGUGGGCGGGGUGGGCUGCAACCUGCGCCUGCAGGCCAUGCUGGCCACCAUGUGCGAGGAGCGGGGCGGGCGGCUGUAUGCCACCGACGACCGCUACUGCAUCGACAACGGGGCCAUGAUCGCGUGGCCAGGCGUGCUGGCGCUGCGCGGCGGGCAGACUUGCGCCGUGGCGGAGUCGGCCUGCACCCAGCGCUUCCGCACCGACGAGGUGCACGUCGCGUGGAGGGAGUAG